AUGACUACGACUGUACCGACUACUCAGCGCGCUUGGAUAUGCACUGGACGCGGCACACCUGACAAGGUUUUGCGUCUGGAGAAGAGCUAUCCUGUUCCCUCGCAGUUGCAGAAGGGGGCUGUACUUAUUAAAGUGAAGGCGGCUGCUUUGAACCCUGUCGGAUACAAGAUGAUGGGUCUGCUACCUCUUGCAAGCAUGCGGCCCACCGUCCCCGAGUACGAGCUCGCCGGCACGAUCGUCGACGCAAACGGCACGAACUUCUCCCUAGGCGACGAAGUCGUCGCACACAUUACUGUCCCCCUCGCGCACAAGACCAAACAAGGCGCGCUCGCGGAGUACGCGUGGACGGACGCGAACAACAUGGUCAAGCGUCCCGACAACAUCACGCCGACGCAGGCGGCUGGUGUUCCCCUCGCUGGACAGACGGCGUGGCAGGGUUUGUUUGAGUGCGGGGAGCUGCAGGAUGGGCAGACUGUGUUCAUCAAUGGUGGGAGCACGGCUGUGGGAAGCUUCGCGAUUCAGUGGGCCAAGGCGCGCGGAUGUCGCGUCAUUGCGUCUGCGAGCGGGAAGAACGAGAAGUAUGUGCGGGAUUUGGGUGCCGACGAGUUCAUCGACUACACCAAGGAAGACCUCGCAACGCAACUCACGAAGAACCCUCCCAGCACGAAGUACCACGUCUUCUUCGAGACCGUCGGCCUCGCGAAUGCCGAUCACUACCUCAAGAGCAAAGCGUACCUCGCGCCGGGCGGCACAUUUGUCACGGUCGGUCCUCAACCGCACGGACUGGGCGACUUCGGCCAGCUCCUGCGUCUCUUCGCCGGACUCCUCCAGCCAACUUGGUUGGGAGGUGUGAAGAGCAAGUAUAGACUUGUGGGUGUCAAGACGAAGAAGGAAGACAUGCAGGCGAUAUUCGACUUGUUGGCCGAGGGCAAGGCUCGUCCGCUGGUUGACUCUGUCUAUCCGAUGGAAGAUGCGCUCAAGGCGUAUGAGCGCCUGCUGACGAAGCGCGCUACGGGCAAGGUCGUCGUCAAGAUUGAUCCUACCGCUGAUUGA